UGAGUUCCGGAGGGAAACCACAAGGAAGGAGCGAUGGAUAACGGGUUAUCCUGGGCUGAUCAAUGGGAUUCCAAGGAUGACCCUCCUCCACAAUCAUCAAAAAAUGACAAGAAGGAAGAUGGAUCGGGCAAGAGCAAGUUUGGGAAGUCAUUGCUAACUUUCAAAUGGAUCAAGGAGUUGCGCAAGAAAUCUCAGAAAUGAUAAGGGUCUCUGCUACUGCAAACAAGGAGCCUCCUUCAGUCAUUGAUUUGUCACCAUUGUUUUCCAACUUGGAUAAAGCUUUAUAGAGCUUUAUGAUUCUGUCAUUGUUUAAGCAAAAAAAUUCAAUGCAGUUUCUUUGUCUAAAUGACAGCCUUCUCCCUUGCAAUGUUUUUAACAUUCCGUCUGUAUUAAAAUGUAGUCAUAACU